UCUACUCAUUGUCAAUUCGCAGUCACUAGUACAGUGAAACUCCUCUUAACAUUCACCUUCCUAUAACAUUCACCCCUUUACUGCAUGCAUGAGGCUCGGAACCAAACCGUCCGGUAGACUAUAACACAGGGGUAGUUCUCUGUAUAACAUUCACCCCUUUACAGCUAUAACAUACACCUUUUAUGGAACCGGUAACAGUGUUUAAUACCAUCUUUUGCAACCCCUGCGUAACAUACGGUUGGCCAGGCUGGUGAAAAAAAUCAUUUCGGUGUCUUUAAAAGAAGGUUCCGGCUUCUGUUUUUAUUCUGUUUAGUACCGGAUCUUCCAACUCCAAGCAUACAAAAGUAUCCAGAAUCAUUAUCUUGAAUUAUUGUUUGAAUUGUCAAAAAAAUUUCAUCCGCCUGCAACCCGUGCAUCCCGUUACAUUCAUUAACAUUACGGAAACCCAGAAAUGGCCAAUCGCGCAGGAUUCUCGCCCUUGAACGAUAAUCCACGGGGUGGUCUGCCUGACAGUCGUCGCGAACUGCUCGGUCCAGCGCCCAACCAACGUGGCAUCAACAAUCCCAGCUACACGGCCGCCCACGCCAACCCCCAGUCCGAGCUGGAGCAGGUAAAUCUGCAGAUCAAUCGCACCACCGACCAGUCGCUGGACUCCACACGGCGCAUGGUGCGCAUGAUGGAGGAAUCCCAAGAAGCUGGCGCCAAGACCAUGGAGAAUCUGUAUCGUCAAGGCGAACAGUUGGAUCGCGUGGAGGACAACAUGGACCAGAUGAACCAGGAUAUGCGUGAGGCCGAGCGCAACAUGCAGCAGAUGGAGAAAUGCUGCGGUUUGUGUGUCUGUCCCUGGCGUCGACGGAAGAAUUUCGAAAAAUCCACUAAUUAUAAACGGGGUUUCGAGGAGAAUCGUAGUCGCGGCGAUGUGGAGGCUGUGCGAACAGACCAGCCGAGCGGAGUGGAGAACGCCCGCUUCCAGGGCCAGGAACGGCAACAAUACAUUCAGCGCAUUACCAACGAUGCACGGGAGGAUGAGAUGGAUGACAAUCUGCACGCGGUGGGCGGGAUGUUGACGGGAUUGAAGGCCAUGGGACAGGAUAUGGGACGGGAGAUCGGGCGUCAGAAUCAGCAGCUCGAUCGAUUGAACACCAAGGCCAUUGUGACGGAUGAUCGAGUUAAUGCGGCCAAUACGCGGGCUAAUGAUAUUCUGCGAAAAGCUUAGGUGACGAUAGUUUGUAAUAAAUUGAUAUUCGUCUAAGUUGCAUUGAUUUCCAUUUUCUUCCAUUUUCGUGCCUUAUGAUUCCUAAUACGAACUAUAUGGCCCUGUGUAUCUCGAUUACUUUUGAUCGUAAUGUUCGGUUUUCUGCUUCUUCUGUGUGAGAGAUGCUCAAAGUUUGCAUUGAGGCUUUGAAACUUUUAAAAUAUUAGACAUUUUCCUAACUGUUGAUAGCUCUGAUUUCCUGCUCAUGUUGUCAUAAAAAUGAAUGUGAAAUGCCCUACAGGA